AAACAAGAACAAGAAGAGCAUGAGCCACAAGAAGAAGAAGAGGAGGCAGCACAGUGACAACACGCCUCGCCUCGCCCUGGUAAUGGCGCCGCGCUGACCGCUGCCCUGUGACACCACCGCCUGUCAGCCUCGUGCCAGAGGUGAGGGGCGGCGCCACAAGACCCACGCCCCCGCAACGCCACGCCCCGUCCCUGCUUCGGCAGCGGGCAGUGGUGCCGCUGCCGCCCCGUCCUGCAGGAGGCCUCGCCGCCAUGGGCACGGUGGAGAGGGACGGCCUCUGCACCCCCCCACAGGAGGUGGAGCUUGAUGGGAGUAGCAGUGCAGCCACAUCCCCGGGGGAGGCCGCCACCACCACCACUGCCACCACAGUCACCACUGGGCCCCUCGACACACCCACCACACCCCUGCCACCACCUUCUCCCCAUGCACAGGUCACCACCACAGAGAACAGCUUCCCCGUGGAGCCGCCUGUCACUCCACCUCCACCCUUCUCGGCACUCCCCAAUAGGAUGCGUAUGAUGUCCCCUCCCGGCCCUCCACCCUCCUACGAUGAGUGCCACAACCUAAACACUCCUCCGCCAACCUACGACUCUCUGUUUGGGCGGGUCCGAGAGGUGCACAAGACUUCAACAGGCAUCAUGGACUUCAUCAAGAACCUCAUCAUCCUCUUCCUUGGCACCAUCGGAUGCACGGUGAUGAUCAGCGUGACGAUAGUGAUCCCAGUGAUGAUGAUAAUCGUGGGCUCUCUCAAGAUGAACGACUGCCCGGCCCAGCCCUACAUACCCGUAUACCUGGUGGUGGGCGGCGUCAUGGGGGUGGCCAAGAACCUGCUGGGCAUACAGGGGCGCCUCCACCACCCCCUGACGGACGAGGAGGCCCACGUGCCCAUCCCAUGGCAUCGGAGGCUGCAGUUCGGCGGAGCGAUCAACUUUUUCCUCACGGUCUGGUUUGUGAUGGGCUGUGUGUGGGUGUACCGCAUCUACAAGCCAAACUACACAGACCGCAACACCAGGGAGUUUUGUGACCAGACACUGUAUCAGUUCGCUUUCUGGCUGGUCACGUCUGUUUACCUCAUCAUCGGACUCCUCAUAUCAUGCAUGUGCGGACUCUCCAUCGCGACCGUCAUCCUCCAGCACGGUAGAGAGACGAGUGAGCAGGUAUGAUGGCGGCUCUUAUUUGCGGGGCUCAGCGUGCAGACUCGGGUUAUGGGUGUGUGUGCCUUCACCCUCGCAUCGGCUUACGUCCUUGUGCUGACGGUCUUCACGUCGUGCCAGGCCAAGGAGCUGAGCCUCUGUGCCUGGCUCACGCCCAUUCGCACUAUUGAGUUUGUGUGUGCUUUCCUGUUCUUGUUGUUCUGCUGCUGUAUGUGUGCAGGGCUGUAUGCUAAGUAAAGGAAGGCAUUGGGAGCUGGGCAGGAACCAAAGGGGGUGUAUGCUAUAUGAUGGAGGGCUGGGGGAGUGUAGGGAGGGCUGUAUGCUAAGUGAAGGGGCUGGGGGCUGUACAAGAACCAAAGAGGCUGUACCUUAUGUGAUGGAGGGCCUGGGGCAGUGUGAAGUGGGCUGGGGGCUGUAUGGAAAGGAAGGUAAGGGAGGGUCUGGGGACUUGGGGCUGUACAGGAAACAAAGGACAAAGUGUGUGGGACUCUAUGCUAAGUAAAGUAGACAGGAAACAAAGUGUCGGGGCUGUGAGGGGCUGGGGGCUGUACAGGAAACAAAAGGGCUGUGUGGGGGGACUAUGCAAAGGAGGGGAGUGUAGGGUUAUAUUUAUAGUAAAGGAAUGGAAGGGAAUUAUGGGUCAUAUACAAAGGAAAGAAAGGAAGGAAGGGAAUUUGAAGUUAUUUAUAAAAGAAAGGAGGGGUGGGAGUGUGAUGGAAUUGUAUGCAAAAGAAGGGAGUUUGACAUCACAUAUAUAGCAAAGUAAGGGUGGGACUUCAGAGUCAUAUACAAAACCAAA